CGGGAAGUCCGUCGCCUCCUGAUUAAUUCACUGGCUGUGGAACUGGGCGCGGAGGGGAGCGUGGAGGCUGCUUCUUGCAUCUAAAUACCUGUCUUAGGCGGACUGCCCGUUCCGCAGAUUUGCCUGCCACGCGUGCACAUCCUGAGUACAGGACAUUUAAUUAAUUCUCAAUAAUGGGAAGAACCUACAUUGUAGAAGAGACUGUUUGCCAGUAUUUUUCAAACAUUAAUCUCCAAGGAAAGGCUUUGGUCUCUGGUCUUUUAGUAGGACAGUGUUCUUCACAAAAGGAUUAUGUGAUUCUUGCCACUAGAACGCCACCUAAAGAGGAACAAGAUGAGAACCUCAAACACCCCAAAGCUAACUUGAAUGACUUGGAUGAAGAAUGGGCCACAGAACAUGCCAACCAGGUAUCCAGAAUGCUACCAGGAGGACUUUUAGUUCUUGGAGUAUUUAUUAUUACAACUUUAGAAAUGGGAAAUGAUUUUCAAAGUACCCUGCGUAGAUUAGUGUUUGCUAUGGAAAAAUCUAUGAAUAGAAAGAGAUUGUGGAAUUUUACAGAGGAUGAUGUCUCAGAACGAGUGGCACUUCACAUUUGUUCUUCUACAAAAAAAAUAUUUUGUCGAACAUAUGAUGUCUGUGAUCCAAAGAGUUCAGCAAAACCAGCAGAUUGGAAGUAUCAAAAUGGACUGUCAACUUCAUGGCUUUCUUUAGAGUGUACAGUUCAUAUUAAUAUUCACAUCCCGCUGUCUACUACUUCUGUCAGCUAUACUCUGGAGAAAAAUACAAAGAAUGGACUUAUACGCUGGGCCAAGCAAAUAGAAAAUGGUGUUUAUUUGAUAAAUGGACAAGUUAAAGAUGAAGAUUGUGACCUACUAGAAGGACAAAAGAAAUCUUCUAGAGGAAAUGCUCAAGUGACUACUCAUUCUUUUGAUGUCAAAGUGCUCACACAGUUGCUUCUGAAUUCAGACCACAGAUCCACAGCCACAGUCCAGAUCUGCAGUGGCUCUGUAAACCUUAAGGGUGCUGUGAAAUGCAGGGCUUAUAUUCAUAGCAAUAAACCCAAGGUUAAAGAUGCUGUACAGGCAGUAAAGAGAGAUAUAUUGAAUACAGUUGCUGAUCGUUGUGAAAUACUAUUUGAGGAUCUGCUUUUGAAUGAAAUUCCAGAAAAAAAAGGUUCUGAAAAAGAGUUCCAUAUCCUCCCUCACCGAGUUUUUGUCCCCAUUCCGGGAUCCACUGUAAUGUUAUGUGAUUAUAAAUUUGGUGAUGAGUCAGCUGACGAAAUCAGAGACCAUUUUAAAGAGAUGUUAGAUCGUAUGAUUCAGAUAGAAGAUUUAAAAGUUGCAGAAGAAAUAAACACAGCUUGUAUAAGUUCCUCUAUAAAUAGUGAAGCUUCUGUGGACCACAUAGAUGAUGAACAACCACAACAACCAGUUGAAACUACCAUAGUAUUGAAAAUUCAGCAAAACAUAGGUGUGAUUGCAGCAUUUGCAGUUGCAGUCUUUGCUGCUGGUAUCUCCUUUCAUUACUUCAGUGAUUAGGGUGAGGCACGGAGAACUUCCUGAUCAUCCAGAGAACACUGACCAACAGUUAUGAAUAAUAAAGAUGCAAACAGUCCAUCUGCAUUUAAGACACUUGCAGCCAGAUCUGCUGCCAUAAUGCCUUUUAGGUGUGUUUCUGACUAAAAUGAAAUCACCAGCUGCCUUGUUUAGUCCUGCUUGUCUUAUAGGUGGCCUUGGCUUCCAAAAAUAAAGUUAUGCAUCUAAGUGGAA